UGUUCUUUCUUUUAAUUAGACAUUGCUCUCUAUGAUUUCACACGCCGGACAGACGGCCGACAAACUGUUAUUGAGCUACAGUUGCGCGAAAUUUGCUAAUAUACAUGAAUGCUUAUAACGGAAUGAGUAUAUAAACACAAAUAAAUUAAUCAAACCGAGUGUAAUUUCAAACAGCCUUCAGACCACACUUUUAUUACAAUUAGUAAGAGGACUAACGUUAGUUAGUUUCUAAAUACCCGUGUUUAUAGCCAGUGUGGGUCUUGUGUUGCUACAGCAACCUGGCACGCUGUUCUUCGCACUUCCUUUAAUGAUGAGCUAAGAACUGAAACACGCAGGAGAAAUUUGCUGAUUUUGAUUUAUCAUCAUUUACUGGAGGAGGGGUAUAUGGAUUCAGCCAAGGCCUUAGAAAAAGACAGCAGUUUUGGUUUAUGCCGCUUUGAGGUGUGUGAUAAUGUUGACCUGGACACGGUUCUUAUGGAAUAUGAGAGUUAUUAUUUUAUAAAGUUUCAGAAAUAUCCCAAACUAACAAAGAAACUGCCAGAACAAGGAGAGAGUCGGCUUGUAAAGAGUGGUAAAAGAAGGACAUCUUCAUCCUGUCAGACACUCCCAAGAAUCAACUCCAUCCAGCGACCGCCAUCCAGAAACACUGUGAAAAGGUCUGAAUCGAAACUAACAGCAAGAGACAUCAGUAAAUCCAGGGAAGGUAACAGCCUGACACCUGUGGAGACAUCAAGAUUUGGUCUGAAUGUGUCUCCUAUCGUCAAGAAUGGAGCAGAAGAGGGAACACACAUGAGAAAGGGUCAUCAGGUUGAUUACAGAAAUCUGAUUCAAGAUGCAGUUAAAGGUGCCGCUGACACAGAUUUCUCGGAGCGUUUACUGAAACCCAUAAGUGCCUUCAUUGGGAUGAACAGUGACAUGAGGGAACUUGCAGCUGUUAUUAGCAGAAUAUAUACACAAGGUGGAACAUGUAUUAUUGAAGCACUCAAUUUCAUCUUUCUCUGCUGUCUCUCCAUAAAGGAUAUCUAUUUACACAACCCCAACGUGCGCUGGGACGACAUUAUAGGUCUGGAGGCUGCCAAGCGAUUAGUCAAAGAAGCUGUCGUCUACCCCAUUAAGUAUCCACAACUGUUUACUGGAAUUCUGUCACCAUGGAAGGGUUUACUCCUGUACGGACCACCAGGCACAGGAAAGACGAUGCUGGCCAAAGCUGUAGCCACAGAGUGUAACACAACAUUUUUCAACAUCUCCGCAUCCAGUAUUGUGAGCAAAUGGAGGGGAGACUCUGAAAAGCUAGUUCGGGUUUUGUUUGAGCUGGCAAGAUAUCACGCCCCAUCCACCAUUUUCUUGGAUGAGCUGGAAUCAGUGAUGAGCCAGCGAGGGGUUGGCCAAGGAGGUGAUCAUGAGGGCAGUAGAAGGAUGAAAACGGAGUUACUAGUUCAGAUGGAUGGACUGGCACGAUCAAAUGAUCUUGUGUUUGUACUUGCUGCCUCAAACCUACCCUGGGAGUUGGACCAUGCCAUGCUGAGAAGACUAGAGAAACGUAUACUGGUGGGUCUCCCAUCUGCCCCUGCCAGACAAGCCAUGAUCAGUCAUUGGCUACCUCCGGUUAGUAACACAGGUGGGGUGGAGCUGCGGACAGAGCUGGACUAUGAUUCUCUAGCACAGGAGAUGGGAGGUUACUCUGGGUCAGAUAUCAGAUUAGUGUGUAAGGAGGCCGCUAUGAGACCUGUGCGAAAAAUCUUUGAUGCCCUUGAAAAUCAUAUUGAAGGUCAGUCCAAUAUGCCGGUUAUUGAACUAGAAACUGUGACCACAGCAGAUUUCCUGGAGGUAAUUGCUCACACCAAACCCUCAGCCAGAUGUCUGAUGGAUAGAUACUCGGCCUGGGAGAAAGAGUACGAGUCUGUCUGACACAUUAUUAUUGCAACCAAACAAAUGUUUUUAUUGCAAUACUGUCUACUCUUUUUUAUAAUGAGAUGCUGUGUUUUGUAACAAGUCUCACCAUAAAUCUAAAAUUUUAGAGGAAAAUACACUGCAAUUAAUUGAGGGUAUGCAUAUUAAAAACCAUUUCAAAAUAUAGUUUUUCAUAUUUUUUCAAAAGAUCAAUAAAAGAUUGAUUUCUCAUGA